AUGCAAGAUAUGGAGAAUUUGUCUGACGUUAGUCAUUUAGUAAACGAAAUAAAACACAAAAAAUUGUACAAUUCCUUGGACAUCGCUCUAAAAACCGAAGAAUUAUUAGAAAAAUUAAUAUCCCACGAUCAAUGGAAGAGCGCCCGCGAAUUAAUGAAACUAGUUAAAUCCAGAAUCAAAUUUAUCCGGAAAGAUUUACCUACGGAAACAACAGCCACCAGCAUCAUGAGACACAUCCUGAAGAUUAUUAGGGAAGAAUAUGAAUCGGCGGCCAAAAAAAAAGGCGAAGGCCAAUCGUUACAUCAACUAGUCACUGCUAAUUCCAGCGACAUCUUGGAUUACUCGGAGAACUUGGGCAGUUUACGAUCGAGUAUAUUAGACCAUUUGGGGGAAUACAAGGUGGAAAUUGAAUCGAGUUCGGAUAAUAUAGCAGCACAAGCAUCCGAACACAUUCACACAGACGAGAUGAUUAUGACAGUGGGAAAAUCGAAUACCGUCGAGAAAUUUUUAAAAACCGCCGCAAAAGAUAGAAAUUUUAAAGUGGUCGUCGUUGAAGGAGCCCCAUUUUACUACGGUCAUUCGAUGGCCGCCAGUUUGGCUAAAAGUAACAUUCAAACGAUCGUUAUACCGGAUUCGGCGGUAUUCGCAAUGAUGUCUCGAGUGAAUAAAGUGAUAAUCAGUACGCAUACUGUCCUAGCUAAUGGUGGUUUAAGAGCUGCUAGUGGAAUUCACUCGGUCGCUUUGGCUGCUAAACAAUUUUCAGUACCCGUCGUGGUGCUCUCUCACAUGUACAAAUUCACUCCAUUAUAUGUGGUUUCAAAUAAUCACGAAGCAUUUAACAUAUGCGCCUCUCCUGCCGAUGUGAUUCCCCCAUCUGCUGGGAAAAUUUUAAACGAUAUCGACGUGUAUAAUCCAAUAUUUGAUUACGUACCGCCGGAAUUGGUCACUUUGUUUAUAUCUCAUCAGGGAGGAAACGCGCCUUCUUAUGUAUAUAGAUUAUUGUCCGAAUUGUACCAUCAAGACGAUUAUGAUGUUUAG